UGUUAUCACGUCUCCGCGAUCCACGCUCCGUGCAGAGGCCAACCAACCUGAUGACUUGUCCGAUAUUUGUCCCCCUUUCCCGGGCUUUAGGUGAACCCGCAGUGGCCAGAGGGAAUAACUGUCUGAACGCUGCCAAGGCCUGCAACCUGAACGACACGUGCAAGAAGUACCGCUCGGCCUACAUCAGCCCGUGCACCAGCCGCGUCUCCACCGCCGAGGUCUGCAACAAGAGGAAGUGCCACAAGGCCCUGCGGCAGUUCUUUGACAAGGUCCCCCCGAAGCACAGCUACGGCAUGCUGUACUGCUCGUGCCCGGUCAGCGACCAGACGGCGUGUUCCGAACGCAGGCGUCAGACCAUCGUGCCCGUCUGCUCGUACGAAGAGAAGCAGAAACCCAACUGCCUCGAACUGCAGGCCUCCUGCAAGACCAACUACAUCUGCAGGUCACGACUGGCCGACUUCUUCGUCAACUGCCAGCCGGAGCCGCGCUCGCUGUCGGGCUGCCUGAAGGAGAACUACGCCGACUGCCUGCUGUCCUACUCCGGUCUGAUUGGAACCGUGAUGACUCCCAACUACCUGCGCUCGCCCAAAAUCAGCGUCUCGCCGUACUGCGACUGCAGCAACAGCGGCAACAACAAGGACGAGUGCGACAAGCUGACCGAGUUCUUCACGGAGAACACCUGCCUCCGCAACGCCAUCCAGGCCUUUGGGAACGGGACGGAUGUGGGGGUGUGGCAGCCCAUGUCCCCCGUCCAGACCACCACCUCCACCACCACCCCCUCCCAGAGGAGCCGCGAGCGCAACCCCAACACCGUGGACAACACCAUCAACACGGACCCUGGCAUCUACCACUUCUGUGGCAGCCUUCAGGCUCAGAAAUUGAAGUCCAACUCGACUGCUGAUGGAGUCUUCUGCGUGGACCCUCAGAUAGACGACCAGAGCGCGUCCAACGCCAUCCCCAGGAACUCGGCCGCCGCCCCGACCUCUCUGCUGCCCCCGCUGCUCUGGCUGUGGUACUGCGUCCUGCCGGCGGCGCUCUCCUCGCCCGGCGCCUUGUAGCCUCGCCGCCACCACCAAACACCCACGGACUGACGCACACACAUUUGUACAAAAGCCAGCGCAAGAAAUUAUAGUCUUUCUUCUCCGUGAUGACCUGUUUUACUUUUGUUUCCCUCUCAAGUCUCUCUUUCUUUUCUUUUUUUUGACUGCUACUUUGUGUUCUUUGAGAGUUUCAUGGUUUCUUUUUGCAUUGCAGCUGUGGUCCACAUGUGUCCAACCCGGUUCGGCCGCGUCUUCCCGUUUCGGGUUCGUUGAUAAAAAUAAAAAAAAG